CUUAAGCGCGUUCUGCCUGUGUAUGUGGGGGGGAUGCUUCUGUGCGCUGGCGCCAGGGCACUCUGGCUUCCCUCCCCGUCCGUGCGUGUCCACUUGGAGGCCCCUAGAGCUGAGCCUUUCCUUCCGCCGGUUGGGCCCAGGGGCCGAAGCGGGGGACGCGAGUGGGGCGGGCUGGCCGAGCGAGCCCUGGAGAAGCGGACGGGAGGGCGGCGGAGAGCGCUGGGCCGGUUGUCUCCAGCGCGCACUAUCGCGGGCGCGUAGUAGAUGUCGCUGUUGUCCGUGCUAACGCGGCCGGCCGGCCAGGCUCUGGAGCACGUGACCCGAGAGGAGGCUGCGGCUCAAGGCCAUUUUCAAAUCUCAUUGGCUUGGUUGUCAUGUGGUCGGCAGAGGCAUCCACAAUUACACGGGGAAUGUUUUCCUAGAGAUGUCAGCCUACAAAGGACACAAUCUCUCUUCUUCAAAUUCUUCCCCAAAAUGUCCUUUCCCAACAGCUCUCCUGCUGCUAAUACUUUUUUAGUAGAUUCCUUGAUCAGUGCCUGCAGGAGUGACAGUUUUUAUUCCAGCAGCGCCAGCAUGUACAUGCCACCACCUAGCGCAGACAUGGGGACCUAUGGAAUGCAAACCUGUGGACUGCUCCCGUCUCUGGCCAAAAGAGAAGUGAACCACCAAAAUAUGGGUAUGAAUGUGCAUCCUUAUAUACCUCAAGUAGACAGUUGGACAGAUCCGAACAGAUCUUGUCGAAUAGAGCAACCUGUUACACAGCAAGUCCCCACUUGCUCCUUCACCACCAACAUUAAGGAAGAAUCCAAUUGCUGCAUGUAUUCUGAUAAGCGCAACAAACUCAUUUCGUCCGAGGUCCCUUCGUACCAGAGGCUGGUCCCUGAGUCUUGUCCCGUUGAGAACCCUGAGGUUCCCGUCCCUGGAUAUUUUAGACUGAGUCAGACCUACGCCACCGGGAAAACCCAAGAGUACAAUAACAGCCCCGAAGGCAGCUCCACUGUCAUGCUCCAGCUCAACCCUCGUGGCGCGGCCAAGCCGCAGCUCUCCGCUGCCCAGCUGCAGAUGGAAAAGAAGAUGAACGAGUCCGUGAGCGGCCAGGAGCCCACCAAAGUCUCCCAGGUGGAGAGCCCCGAGGCCAAAGGCGGCCUUCCCGAAGAGAGGAGCUGCCUGGCUGAGGUCUCCGUGUCCAGUCCCGAAGUGCAGGAGAAGGAAAGCAAAGAGGAAAUCAAGUCUGAUACACCAACCAGCAAUUGGCUCACUGCAAAGAGUGGCAGAAAGAAGAGGUGCCCUUACACUAAGCACCAAACGCUGGAAUUAGAAAAAGAGUUCUUGUUCAAUAUGUACCUCACCCGCGAGCGCCGCCUAGAGAUCAGUAAGAGCGUUAACCUCACCGACAGGCAGGUGAAGAUUUGGUUUCAAAACCGCCGAAUGAAACUCAAGAAGAUGAGCCGAGAGAACCGGAUCCGAGAACUGACCGCCAACCUCACGUUUUCUUAGGUCUGAGGCCGGUCAGAGGCCAGGAUUGGAGAGGGGGCACCGCGUUCCAGGGCCCAGUGCUGGAGGACUGGGAAAGCGGAAACAAAACCUUCACUGCUCUUUGUUUUUCGUUUUGUUGUAUUUUGUUUUCCUGCUAGAAUGUGACUUUGGGGUCAUUAUGUUCGUGCUGCAAGUGAUCUGUAAUCCCUAUGAGUAUAUAUAUAUAUAUAUGUAUAUAUAUACAUAUAUAUGUACAUAUAUGUAUAUAUACAUAUAUAUGUACAUAUAUGUAUAUAUAUACAUAUAUAUGUACAUAUAUAUAUAAACUUAGCACGUGUAAUUUAUUAUUUUUUCAUCGUAAUGCAGGGUAACUAUUAUUGCGCAUUUUCGUUUGGGUCUUAACUUAUUGGAACUGUAGAGCAUCCAUCCAUCCAUCCAGCAAUGUGACUUUUUCAUGUCUUUCCUAACACAAAAGGUCUAUGUGUGUGGUUAGUCCAUGAACUCAUGGCAUUUUGAAUACAUCUAGUACUUUAAAAAUGACAUAUAUAUUUAAAAAAAAAAUUAAGAAAACCCACAAGCUUGGAGGGAGGGGGACUUAAAAAGCACAUUACAAUGUAUCUUUUCACAAAUGAAUUUAGCAAUUGUCCUUGGUGAGAUGGGAUAUUGACGAUUUAUGCCUUGUAGCCUUUCCCUUGUGGUGCAUCUGUGGUUUGGUAGGAGUACAACAGCAAUCUGUCCUUUCUGUGCAUGUUCUGGUCGCAUGUAUUAUGCAAUAAACUCUGGAAACGAGUUCGCUCCCUCUGCUUUCUGAAAUGGAAAUACGUUAUGGUGGAAAUGAAAGCCUAUGGUGAGAUUAUCUUCUGGUUACACUCCCUGUUUGGGGCAUUUGGGCAGGGGAGUGAUAGACGAGUAGGGGAAAGGAGAUGGGGGAGAAAAGCUGGAGGAGGCCUAGGGUGUUGGAUUUUGGCAGUGGUUGGGGGAGAGGAAUGAUAAGCUAGCCUGAGAGUGAAGUUUUCAUAAUUGGGAGGAAGGGGAGUCUCCUCUUUCCUUUCCCAGUCCCCAGUGAUAGUAACAUAAUUGCGCUCUCAAUGGUUGUGAGCUUUCCUCUGGCCUGAACCUGGUA